CAUAAGCCAAUCUCUCCCUCUCAAAAAAAAAAUUAUAGAGUAUUUUCUAAAUGUGUAUGAAACAAGAUGAUGGGCAGUGGUUCUUUAUUGAGCUCAGUUUACCAGGAGGGCUUGGAGGCUGUCAAACCUUAUGGGGCUUGGCUUCGUGCUAGUGAAAGGCGUGGUGGGACAAGCAAAGAGGGGAAGCAUUCUGCAGAACCUGCCAUUUCCAUUGUUAGUGAUCCAGGUCUUGUUAAUAAAGAUGAGCAGAUUAGUCCUAUAGAUAAUCUUCUCUUAUUGGAUCCAAAAAGGCAGAGAAUGGAAGAGGGGGAUAGGGUGGUGGUUUGCCAAGCUAGCGAAGCCAUGGAGAUUGAAAUGAACAGGCCAAAACACUUGUUGGAGGCGGGACUUGCUGCAAAUCACAGUACAACGUGGGUUGUUAUGAGGGAUUUUAAUGACAUUCUUUCUCAAGAUGACAAAAGAGGGAGACAUCCACAUCCAGAUUGGGCAAUUACGGGGUUUUCGAGAGGCUGUUCUUGAUAGUGGGCUUUAGGAUUUCCCCUUCGAGGGUUAUCAAUUUACCUCAGAAAGAGGGCGUGGAACUCCAGUGUGGGCUUUAGGAGAAAAGCCGGAUCAAAUUCGGGACAAGGAAGAUUGGCUUGAUAUGAUAUUGAAAACGCUAUGAACUCGUUUUGGUUUACUGGGGCAAAGAAGGGGAAAACAACGAGGGAUCCACUGGAAGCGAUGGGAAGAGUUAGCCAAAUCUAAAGCUUUCGGGGGUUUAGGCUUUAGAAAAAACUAAUCUGGCCUUGCUGGGUAAGCAAGCUUGGAGACUAAUUAAAAAAACCUUAAUUCC